AUAUAUAUAUAACAAUUGGGUUUGAGCCCUCCAAAUGAGAGAAUAAUAACGACCAACAAUUUCCCGCUUUCUUUCUCUAACCUUCCCUUUCUCAAAACGAACCUUUUCCCCACAAAUUCUAUUUUCGAUCAAAUUCAUUCUCAGAAAAGAAAAUUUCAACUAAUUUUCGCUUCCCUUAAAUCCCAUUAAUCUCUCCUUCCAAAUUCAAGUUCGUUUCGUUUCAGUCACCAAUAAUCCAUCCCUUCCGUCUCUAAAUUCAUGGCUGAUUCAUCCUCGAAUUCCCUAUUCAUCAAACCGAUUUACAUCGCAUUUGCGAUCGCUUUUACUUUCUUAAUUUCAUCUCCGAUCGGUUCUUAUGCCUUUACUGCACAAAAUGUGAUUGAUUCGCCGUUGUUGACGAAGAAGAUUGGUACAAAUCGAACCAUUAAGGUCGAUAUCAAUGGAAAUGGCGAAUUCAAGUCCAUUCAAGCUGCAGUCGAUUCUGUUCCGGAAGGGAAUUCGCAGUGGAUGAUCAUCCAUGUUAGGAAAGGAAUUUACAGAGAGAAGGUUCAUAUUCCGUCGAGUAAGCCGUACAUCUUCUUGAGAGGGAAUGGAAAAGGAAGGACGUCAAUCGUUUGGUCACAGAGCUCUAGUGAUAACGUUGAAUCUGCUACUUUUAAAGUCGAAGCUCACAAUUUCAUUGCCUUUGGAGUUAGCUUCAAGAAUGAGGCUCCGACUGGUGUGGCUUACACAUCGCAAAAUCAAUCGGUAGCGGCAUUCGUUGCGGCAGAUAAAAUUGCAUUUUACCACUGUGGAUUCUAUAGCACUCACAAUACUCUGUUCGAUUAUAAAGGCAGACAUUACUAUGACAAAUGCUACAUUCAAGGCUCCAUUGAUUUCAUCUUUGGCCGAGGCAAAUCCGUAUUCCAUAAUUGUGAGAUGUUUGUGAUUGAUGACAAGAGAUUGACGAUCCGUGGUUCAAUCACAGCUCAGAACAGAAAGAGUGCAAAUGAGAACAGUGGAUUUGUUUUCAUAAAAGGAAAGGUUUACGGAGUUGGCGGUACGUAUUUGGGUAGAGCAAAAGGUGCAUUUUCCAGAGUCAUUUUUGCUAAAACUUACUUCUCAAUCUCUGUUGUUCCUGCUGGUUGGACCAAUUGGAGCCAUGUUGGCAGCACUGAGAAUCUAUACCAUGGAGAAUAUGAUUGUUAUGGACCAGGAUCAGAAUCAGGAAAUCGUGCGCCAUGGGCUAAACAGUUAACUAAAGAGGAAGCUACCCCAUUCAUGGAAGUUACUUUUAUCGAUGGCACUGAUUGGCUUCCUGCCUGGCUAUAAAAGAAACAACAACUACUAAAAAGCUAAGCUAAUACUACACACACACUCCUUCAUGCUAGUCCUCCUUCCCUUUUGAAUUUCCAUUACUCUACAGUCCUUUUUGGUUUAAUUAUAUUGGUUUUGCUUUUUGCUUUUUGCUUUUUGCUAUUUUUUGUCUGUGACAAUAUCUUCAUGCAAACUGCAUUUGUAAAGAUAUUCUUAAUUAAAAGUAUAUUCGAUAUAUCAAUGAGAUGAAAUACUGAAGAAUUUCCUUUCAA